UUUAUUUUCUCAUUUCAUCAUGUCAAAUACUGCCAAUGACCGUGUAGCUCAACUUGCUUCUCAUUUAGCUAGUGUUGGUCCCUCUUUAAAGGACAAAGUCUGCAUUGUUACUGGUGCAGGCUCACUUCUUGGUAUUGGUCGUGCUACUGUGUAUGCUUUGGCUAAACGUGGACCCAAGGCGAUUUAUGUAACUGAUCUUCAUAACACUCAUUUGGACGAAUUAGCCAAAGACAUUCGUCAACAAGGGAUUGAAUGUAUUCCUAAGGCAGUGGAUGCAGCUUCUGAAACUGAUAUCAAGGCAUUGGUCAAGGAUGCUAUGGAUACAUAUGGCCGUUUGGAUGUCUUUUUUGCUAAUGCUGGUGUCGCCACUGGUUCUCGAUUACAUGAAGAAGAUGAAAAGUCAUUCAUGUUUAUGAUGCGUGUCAACGCCUUGAGCGCUUUCCUUGGUAUCAAGUAUGCUAGUUUGGCAAUGAAGGAAAUUGGAAAGGGUGGAAAGGAUCAAUCUGGUGGUUCCAUUAUUUGUACUGCCUCUGUUGCUGGGAUCCGUUCUGGUGCAGGUUCACCUGAAUAUUCUGCUUCCAAGGCUGCUGUCAUCAAUCUUUGUCAAACAGGUGCUUCUCAAUUAGCCGGUACAAAUAUCCGUGUGAAUGCUAUCUGUCCUGGAUUGAUUGAAACUGGAAUGACCAAAACUACUUUUGAUUUUGCUCGCGAACGUGGAUCUACUCACAAGAUUGGUCAAUUGAAUCCUACUAAACGUUAUGGUAUUGCUGCCGAGAUUGCUGCUGUGGUUGCCUUUGUUGCUAGUGAUGAAGCUUCUUAUGUCAAUGGCCAAGCUAUCGCAGUGGAUGGUGGUUUGUCAUCUUCUCAUCCUAUUGUCCCUGGAAAAUUCCAUUAAAUCCUUCUGUAUUACCCAUUGUAGUUUUAUCUUGUAGUCUAGUUUUAUUCUCCCCACACCUCACACAAAAGAUAUUUGUCAAAUAAAAUGAUCAUUUUUUAAUGUA